AUGGAGAUAUAUGAAAGGCUAGAUCAAUUACAGAAUGAAACAUUUGCUCAGCUAGAUGCAUUAGUUCAAACAAUAGAUUUGAAAGAGGAAGCUGAAUAUUCAAAAGCAAGCACCAAAAUAUUAUCAAAAAUCCAUCAAAAGUUAUUAGCAUUUAAAGACUAUCUUCGAAUAUUAAAAUUAAACAAUUCCAAAACUGUCAACACUUCCACUUACCAAAUCUAUGAAUUAAAAUACAAAUCAUUAAAAUCAAAGUUAAAAUACUUGGAAAUUUACAUCAAUGAUACUCAAGAUAAGAACCUACAACAAUGGAGAUUACAACAUUUCAAUUUAUUCCAACCAACAGCAGACGAAGAACUUUCAGAAUCACAAAUGAGAGAUAAACUAUUUUCCAAUCGAGCAGCCCAAAAGACAAACGAAGCAUCGAUUGCACAACAAAUACAUGAUCAAAACACCAAAAUAACAUCAUCUUUACAAACUUCUAGAGAUUUAUUAUCUGCCUCGAUUUUACAAUCAGAAUUAAAUAUUGAUUCUAUUGAUCAACAGACUAAAGAUUUAGCUAAAUUAAAUGAGAAUUUCAUACAAUUUGGUGAUUUAUUGAAUAAAUCAAGAGGGAUAAUAAAAUUUAUUGAAAAACAAGACAAACAAGAUAGACAAAGAAUUUAUUUGAGUAUUGGAUUUUUUUUGUUGUGUUGUAUUUGGGUCAUUUAUAGAAGAGUAUUACGAAGACCUAUAAGGAUUUUGUUGUGGUCGUUUUUUAAGAUUUUUAACAUAUUUGGUUGGAUUUUGAGUGGAUUUAAAACCAAAAGAGAUUUUGAUGGAGUUAAACAAGAACUUAUAACGGCCACUAUGAUUGCGACCACAGCUGCUACUGAUCUACUAUCAACAAUUACUGAUACAUCAUCAACGACAACUGAGUUAACAUCAAUAGCUACAACAAUCGAAAAAUUGUCGGAAAUAUUAGAGGAAACUAUAUCUACAUUAGUAACAGAUAGAUUAGUAGAUGAAUUGUAA